CCACACAGUGCAUGGAAAAAAAAAACUCAGACAUGGACGAGCCUGCACAAAAUGGCUCCUCACACACACUCACACUGACCACAGCCCGAGCACGGUGACUAUAAAGGAAGCGACGGAAACGCGUGGAAUCUGUGGAUUAUCCAUCAGCACCCCACACUAGAGUGCUGCUCGUGUUGUUUUGCAUCGCAGUGAGACAGGAUGAUGGAGAAACUGAAACGUGAGCGCGCCAGUCCGGGCGCCGAGGACGAGCAGAAGGAGGAGAGCUCACCGGGCAUUGCUGGGGAGGAGGGCGAGACGCACGGGAAACAGGAAAGCACGACCACCACCAGGACGAGCACGACGCCCGAGUCUGCUGAGAGCGCGCGGAGAGGAGCCCACCUCCUCCUCCUUAACGGCGUUGCCAAGGAAACGGCGCACGGCGGCAGCGAGCCAAAACAGGAAGUGGCAGUGAUCGAGCUGGCCACGAGAGGCGAUAUAAAAGGCGGAGAGCUAGAAGCGGACAGCAGACACACGGUGCAGACCACCGAGUUGCGCAGACCACCAGUUCCUCUGCCGCUGCCCCUGAGGGAGCCGCCAAACGAAGCCAAGCGAAUGGUGCAACUGAGUCCGGCCGCCUUCCCCGCUCUGCCCGCCCGCGCCAUGCUCUACAGCAACAUGGCGCAACCGCUCGCCACUCUCAACAGUGGCUUCGCUGGGGACGCGGAGCAGUACGGCAUGUACCCCAGCAACCGCCUGAAGCGCAGAGCUGCGCCCUACGAGAUCGAGAUCAGCGACGGUUCACAGCCCAAGAUCGUGCGGCGUAUCUUCACAAACAGCCGUGAGCGCUGGAGGCAGCAGAAUGUAAAUGGUGCCUUUGCUGAGCUGCGCAAACUCAUCCCAACUCAUCCUCCUGACAAGAAGCUGAGCAAGAACGAGAUCCUGCGCUUGGCUAUGAAAUACAUUAACUUCCUGGCCAAGCUGUUAAAUGACCAGGACGACGUGAUGGGUGGUGAGGCUGCAACUCGGGCACGGGACGGACGGGAUGGGGGUCUAGUGAGGGACGACCUCCUGCAGGACAUGCUAAGUCCAAACUCCAGCUGCGGGAGCCUGCUGGAUGGAGAAGGAAGCCCGGACAGCUUCGCCGAGGAGCAGGACUCAUCAGUGGAGUCCAGAGCAUCUGGGCGAGGAUUGCACCACUCGGCCAUGACCGUGGACACCAGUAACCAGCGAUGACUGACUGCUAACAGAGAAAGAGACUUGAGCAAAACAACAUGGAGUGGAUACAGAGCUUCAUGGAAGCUGAUGGACCUGUGAUGAUGUUCACGUUGUGUGCAGUCAUGACUGUCUUUCCCCCCUAUUCUUUAUGUCUUGUGCUCCUCUCCAUUUUGGAGGCCGCCCCCUGUGGGUAAAUGCUGGUACAGGGAAAUUGUAUUGGUAGAUCUUGCUCCUUGAGAUAAGAGAAUAUGGAUUUGAAACACAAGCCAGAUUUUCAGAAUGGUACCCUUCAGCUUCAUCAUGUGGUCAGGUACACUUGAUAUCACUUUAAAGUGAUUUUUAGAAUGCUGUGUGUGGAAAAUCCCAUUGAAUAUCCCAGGGAUUUUUUUUUAAUUGUCCAUCAGAGUAAGAAGUUGGACAGUGCUAUUAAUGGCCCUUGUCAAUAAGAUAAUUAAUUGUUUUUGUACAGAACAUGGUUAUGUUAUAUAUACACAUGUUCAUAUCUGUACCCACAAUAGCAGCAAAAUUAAUACAGAAUAAAAGACGCCAUUUUGUAAAUGGGAUGUGAGCAUGACCUUAAUUUGAUAAAAAUAUCCGCACUCAUUCGCACAAGCACUCACUAAAACACAUGUAAGUAUGCAGGUUGUGAUGGUCAGAGGUACAAGAGUGACGCUCCAAGUGUACAUAAAUAAACAAAAUAAUGUUGUACAUGUGUAUCUAAAGAAGAACCCCAAACAUCUGUACUGUUCAUCGUCAUUGUGAUUAUGGUACAAUAAAUAUCACUUUACGUUUUUUUCCUUCUGUCCGUCACAUCCCUACCUAAAUCAUUCUUAAAGAAUCCCGUAAGUGUGUUAUCACUGUAUUUAAAUUUUAUCCAAUUGAUCUGCUUUUUCAGCAGACUUUUGAGUAACCAGUCUUGGUACCUAAUUUUUUGUGUAUUACAAAACAACAAAGCUGUUAUUUUAAUGUGAUAUUUAGUAGACAGAUCUUUGUUGUAUGAUGAAAAUGAAAUCUAUCUAUAAACAUGCAAUGUUAUAUCUUACACAGAAUUUUAUAAAACAUGAAAUAAAA